CACAACUCUCACACCAUAGUCACACCUUCUCACACGCCUGGAUUCUGAGCAGACAGGAUGUUCUGUGACAAGGUGCUGUCCUUUUUGAAGAGCCUAUUGAGGCGAAAGCCACUGGAGCCCGAUGGUGAAGAGUCCAACUUCAAGCGUUGUUUAACCACACUCGACUUGGUGGCCCUUGGGGUGGGAAGUACACUUGGUGCUGGGGUCUAUGUCCUUUCUGGGGAGGUUGCCAGAACAGUAGCUGGUCCCAGCAUCAUUGUGUCAUUCUUCAUUGCAGCAGUGGCAUCUGUGUUCGCAGGCUUGUGUUAUGCAGAGUUUGGUGCCCGAGUGCCCAAGACUGGCUCUGCCUACCUGUACAGCUACGUCACAGUCGGAGAGGUGUGGGCCUUCAUCACCGGCUGGAACUUGCUGUUGUCAUACAUCAUAGGUACAUCCAGUGUGGCAAGAGCAUGGAGUGGCACUUUCGAUGACUUGAUUGGAAAAAAGAUUGCCAAUUAUUUGAGUGAAAAUACGCCAAUGAAUUUACCUGGCCUCGCUCCCUAUCCAGACUUCUUUGCAGCUGGCCUUAUUCUGGUUUUGGCAGGUAUCCUUGCAUUUGGGGUGAAGGAGUCUGCCAUUGUCAAUAAGAUCUUCACAGCUAUAAAUAUGGUAAUUCUGGUUUUUGUCAUCAUUGCUGGAUUCAUCAAGGGUGACAUUGGAAACUGGCAGAUAACAAAGGAGGAAAUUUGGAACUACACAUCAACUGCAAAUAUCUCCUCAAAUGAAACUUUAUCCAGUUUUGGAACUGGAGGAUUCUUUCCCUUUGGUUUUGAGGGAACUUUUGCUGGAGCCGCAACCUGUUUUUAUGCCUUUGUGGGAUUUGACUGCAUUGCAACUACAGGUGAGGAGGUCAAAAAUCCCCAGAAGUCUAUCCCAAUAGGAAUUGUGGCUUCUCUUCUUAUCUGUUUCUUGGCUUAUUUUGGCGUUUCGGCUGCUCUCACCCUCAUGAUGCCCUACUACCAACUAAGUGUUCAGAGUCCCUUACCUGUAGCCUUCUCCUAUGUGGGCUGGGAUCCUGCAAAAUAUGCUGUGGCUGUUGGAUCAUUGUGUGCUCUCUCAACAAGUUUGCUAGGGGCCAUGUUUCCAAUGCCCCGUGUGCUGUUUGCUAUGGCCAGAGAUGGACUGCUGUUCAAACCAUUGAGUAAAAUGAGUUCCAGACAGAGCCCUGUCAUCGCCACACUUGCUUCUGGAAUAAUAGCAGCAAUAAUGGCCUUGGUGUUUGACCUGAAGGCUCUAGUAGACAUGAUGUCUAUUGGAACACUAUUUGCCUACACCCUCGUAGCCAUCUGCAUCUUAAUUCUUCGGUACCAACCAGAGCUAGAUGAGAUCAAUGAGAAACAAGAAGUUCAGAAGAAAUGGAAUCCUUUUUGCCCUUCUAAAAAGGCAUCUGCUACAAGUUCUAAAGUUGUGUCUGUGCUAACCAUAUUUACCAUUGUGUUUGCGGUUAUCCUGAGCGUGACCAUCACAAAAGGUGUACAAGCUGGUCUGAUUGAGGAGUGGUGGAUCAUUUUGAUUAUCACUUUGGUUGCGGUGGCGUUUGUCCUGACUAUCAUUAUUAUUUGGCGACAGCCACAGAAUGGUACCAAAGCUGCAUUUAUGGUCCCACUUCUGCCACUACUCCCAAUUUUCAGUACAUUCAUCAAUGUCUACUUAAUGGUCCAGCUGGGGGGUGAAACUUGGAUUCGCUAUGCAGUGUGGAUGGCAGUGGGCUUGCUCAUCUACUUCUGUUAUGGAGUGCACUUCAGUGUACAGAAGAAACGGAACCAGUCUUCCAAACAUCGCAUCAGUGUUGAGACAAUUGAUGUUAAAUUGGAGGACAAGAAAAAAAUGGGAUCUACUACACCACCACUACAAACCAAGCUUUAAAGCCAACAAUGAUGUCAGUGCGUUUUUCCCGAGACAGAGAAACUACAACAUGAUUUUUGUUUUAUACUGAAAUUUGAAUAAGUAUGAAGGUACUGCCCCAGUGUCAAUAGUUAUUAAGCAGCUUUUAUUUUUAUUACAUAUUUAUUGUUAUUGUUACUAAUCAUAAAGCCUAUCGAUUACACAGAAAAUCAGGUACUAGUAUAAGGUACUAAUCAGGUACUACUCAACCCAUGACAUUUCUCUUUCCACCACUUUUACGUUUAAAAUAAAUUUAUAUAAAUGGACUUAGCUAUCAAAUAUCAUUGCACAGCACAACACUAUAGUUAAUUAGUAUGCUUUGUGAAAAGAACAAUAUUUUUUUAUCUGUUAAAAAAAAUACUAUGAUUUUUUUUUCCUAGUUGAGCUUGAAGAGGUUCUGUAAAUGUGAACACUGUAAGAAAAUGUUCUUCAUAUGGCUCUGCUGUGUAUAUGACCUGUCUUAUGUAGCACAUAAUCUUUUUCCAGGCCUCUGUUAUGACUGUUAUUUAUCAUAUCUGAGUGUAUUCACCAUUGCAAGGCAUAUUAAACAAUAUUUAAAAUACAA